CUGCAGUUCGUUGUUCCCGGGAGCGGAAGGAGCUGGGAAAUCCGAGUAGAGGGAAAUCAUUCUGAAGAUGCCUGCCACUGUCUUCUGGUUGAAAACCGCAUAUUGCAGGGAAACGUAGUAGGACAAAUAGUUCAGACCCUUGACAUUUGUUCCAUACACUAAGCUACAAGAUACUCUGCAAUGAUCUACAACAACCUUUUUGACUUGAGGGAGACAUGGUCCAAUCCUCCGACCACCUCAACUUUAGAAGGCGAUUGUGAUUCUGGCAUAGAAGACGAGUUCAAGUCGGAAGGAGUGGAUUCAACUAUUUUUCUGGCUUUUAAAGGAGACAUCGAUGAUAAGGACUUCCCACAAAAGCUUGAAAAAAUAUUGGAAUAUGUACCCAAUCUAAUUAGCAUGGAGUCCAACCAACUGAAGGUUCAUAAGGUGGAGCCAUGGAACAGUGUGAGGGUCACAUUCAGCAUCCCCAGAGAAGCGGCAGAGAGGCUGCGUCUCCUUGCCCAGGGCAACAACCAACAGCUACGAGAUUUGGGAAUUUUGUCUGUCCAGAUUGAAGGUGAAGGAGCCAUCAACCUGUCCUUACCCCAAAAUCGAGUGCAAGAAGUACGGAUGAAUGGGCCAAUGGCAGCAAAUAGCACUGUUAGGUUGGAUGGCAACUUUCCAUUGCAAGGAGGAGCAGGACUGAUUAGGAUGAACAACCCAACAGCAGCAAUGAUGUCACAGGGCACACAUGCCUCUUCUUCUGCUAUGUCCACCAGUUCUAGUACAGAUCUCCAAACCAGAACUCCCAGACCUCCCUCUCAACAAGAUGCUAUGGAAGCCAUGGUAUCUGGCUUGGCAGGUCAGCAACAAAAUCAUCCCACCAGUUCCAUGACUCCACAACUUCACCCCAUGCAGACAAUGGCUGCCAACAGACCCAUGAACCCAGCCAAUUUCCAGCAAUUUCAACAGCAGUCAAGGUUACCCCAACAUCAGCAGGUCUCCCAGGGAUUGCGGCCAUCCUUUUCAUCCCCUGCCCAAGUUCCUGUUCCUCCAGGUUGGAACCAGUUAACAUCAGGAGUUCUUCAGCCUCCACCAGCUUCAGCAGGCAUUGGGGCUGUGGCAUCAAAUCAAGGGUGGAAAAAGUCUCCAGUAAGUGGAUCGAUGCAUCAACAGCAGUUCGCUCAGAGACCCUCACUAGCCACAGUGCAAACUCCUUCUCACCCUCCACCUCCAUAUCCUUUUGGAAGCCAGCAGGCCUCCCAAGCACAUGCCAACUUCCCUUCGAUAACUAAUCCAAACCAGUUCAGUGCCUCUCCAAUGAAACCUCUACAAGGAAGUCCAGCACGGGUUCCAACUCCUCUGCAGCAAUCUCACCUUACAAGCAAGUCCCCAGCCUCCUCUCCUUCCUCCUCUUUCCAGCAGGGUUCACCUGCUUCCUCACCAACUGUAAGCCAAGUGCAGCAGGCCUUGGGAGCACGGGCAGGACAGGGAAACUCCUUGCCACAGGGAUUUCAGCAGCAGCCAGUUAGCUCACCAAACCGUGGUAGUUUAAUUUCUCAUGUGAAUGCAGGAGGAAACUUCAUGAUGCAGCAAGUACAGCAACAAAGUCAGGGUCCACAGGGUAUGCAUGCAGGAGUCUCCAAACGCUUACCCCCAAAUUUUGCAUCUGGACAAGCCAAUGCAAACUUUAUGCAAGGACAAACUCCUCCCAGUGCUACUGGAUCACCAGCUAAUGGUGGAGCACAACAACAACUAGGAAAUGGCAAUGGACAGGGAACAGGUGGUCAGACAAAUGGAUCUUCUCACAAUCAAAUGCAGGCUUCUCAUGGAGGACCCAGUCUGAUGCAGACCAAUCUGAUGGGACUUCACAGCAACCUUAAUAACCAGCUCGCUGGUGGCAGUGGGAUGAACCAAAUAAACAUGGUUGGCUUGCAUGGACAACCCCAGCAAGGACCACAGUCACAGCUUCUGGGCAUGCACCAACAGAUUAUCUCCUCCCAAGGGCAGAUGGUGAAUAUUCAAGGGCAGGCCCCUCUGAACACACACAGCCAAUUAGUACUUUCCAGAUCACAGCUUAUGCCACAGACACAGAUGAUGGGAGCAGCUCAAAACCAAAAUUUGGGUCAAGCUCCCCAAAGGAUGACAUCCCCCAAGCAAAUGAUUGCUCAACAUAAUCAAAUGAUGGCAUCCCAGGGGCAAGCCAUGAUGCAUCAGAACACAGUUAUGGAGCAGAUUAUGCAGGGAAGCAAACAAGGAUUUAACACCCAGAACCAAUCAGGGAACAUGGCAGGGCCUAGUCAAAUAAUCAGGGGACCAAAUCAAAGUGUUCAAGGAAGCAUGGUGCAGUUUUCAGGGCAAGCAGUUGCUCAGCAGGGAGUAGUAAACAGUAACUCUUCACCAGGAUUGAGCUUACAAGGGCAAGUUCUCAGAUCGACCGGGCCCAGCCCACAUCUACAGCAGACACAUGGAGAUAACGUCACUCAAGGUGGGACUGAUUUGGGUGCAAUGCUACCUGACUUGUCUAUGCAGCAAACUGGAAAUAUAGCUUCUCAACAUUUGCAAAACAUGCCUGGCAGUGGGCAACACUUUGGAGGGCAUGGUCUGUCUUUCAGCUCUCCUUUUGCCCAGGGAGGCAAUGGAGGACAAAUGACAUGUGGGCAAAAUUCAGCUUUUCCUGUCAAUAAAGAUGUUACACUUACCAGCCCCUUGCUUGUGAAUCUGCUUCAGAGUGACAUCUCAGCUGGUCACUUUGGAGUAAAUAAUAAACAAAACACUACUGCAAUCAAACCCAAGAAGAAAAAACCACCAAGAAAGAAAAAGGUCCAGCAGGGUGAUGAACAGAUGAGUGAACCGCAUUUCCAUCUCCUGCAUUCCACUACCACUGACCCCCGCAUGGAAGAAAGUGAUCAUCCAGGGAUCCCAGGAGAGCAAGGACCCAUAGAGCCUGGUCAGAAACUCUCUAAAUUUAACAGCAGGCCGCCAGGCUAUCCAUCCCAGUCUGUUGAGCAAAGGUCGCUACAGCAAAUCCCUCCACAGCUGAUGCAGCUAGGACAGCAGCAAGGUCAAAGUGGGCAGCAACUGCCACCUCAGCAGCAAAUGAUGAUGAUGUUGAUGAUGCAGCAGGACCAGAAACCAGUGCGCCUUCCUGUGCAACAGAGUCUCUUCAACCCCAGAGCAUCUUUGAAUAGCGAUACACAAAGAAUGCCUGUGCAGCAAGGUGGCAACAUGUCUGUAUUGGUAAAUUUGCAGGGCUCAGGUUCCAUACCACCUUCUCCAGAUAAGCAAAGAAUGCCCAUGUCAGCCAGUACAACCAUAGGAAACAAUGGAAGGAAGGUUGGAUUCCAAGACAGUGGACAGAAUCCAUCUGGGUCACCUCUAGGUGACCUUUCCUCAACAACUCCACUUUCAGAUGUUCCUGAUCUUCCUGUGCCUCAUGGAUCUCAGAGCAACAUAACUCCCCAUUUGCUUAUUUCCCAAAACCAGUUAAUGAUGUCUGGGACCAAGCCUGGAACUCCUUCUUCAAUGUCGUUGCCACAAGGUGCAAGCCCCCAAACACAGCACACGGGUACCAUGCCCGGGCCCCAUGGACACCAUUUUCAAAGUGUGCCGCCCCAGUCACAGACUUCACGGCCUAAAACUCCAAAUAGAGCAAGCCCUAGACCCUACUACCCCCAGACUCCCAAUAACAGACCUCCUAGCACUGAGCCUUCAGAGAUUAGUCUUUCUCCUGAACGACUUAAUGCUUCCAUUGCUGGACUCUUUCCACCUCAAAUCAAUAUUCCAUUACCUCCCAGGCCCACCCUUAACAGAGGUUUUGAUCAACAAGGUUUAAACCCAACCACUUUAAAAGCCAUUGGUCAGGCACCUGCAAGCCUGACUGUGAAUAACCCUUCUGGCUUUGUACCUUCACACAUGAACAGGAUGGAUAAUGGGGGAGGAAAGCAGCCAAAUGCUGGUGGAAAUAAGCGGGCAAGCCCAAGCAACAGUAGGCGAUCAAGCCCAGCUUCCAGUCGUAAAGCCACCCCAAGUCCUGGCAGACAGAAUGCAAAAGCUGCCAAGUUUGUGCUCGGACCACAGCAAACCUCUGGGUUACUGCACAAUAUUGAAAUGGCAAGGAAUUCAUUAUUAGGACAAGCUCCACUGCAGACCACUACUGGUGCUGUGAGUGGGCUUUUUCCUUCGGCAUCUAUGCCUGUUACUAGUAGCACUGUUGAUGAAAUUAAAGAGACUCCAGCACCGGAUAAUGAAAGCCUUCAUUCUCAGAUUUUCCAAAAAGAACUACCUACACCAGAACUAAGAUCUGUUGUCCAGCAGCAAGAAAUUAAAAUUACACAAUUUGAAGAGACUGAUUCUGUGGAGUUAAGCAGAGUUAUUGAAGAAAAUAAGAAUGUGAUAUCCCCUGCUAUGAGAGAUGCUCCAACAUCCUUAAGUCAGUUGCUUGAUCAUUCAAGUGCUCCCAAUGUCACUAUAAAACCCUGUGGUCCCUCACAUGACUCUUCACCGCUGCUGCCCAUAGAGGAAACAAAAAAAUCAGUACCUCCCCUUUUGGACACUCCUAGUAAGGAAGCCAGCAGCACACUAAAUACUGUUUCAAAUAUUGAACAAUGCUCACCACAAACGCUACAAGAAAUGGCGGAACACAAUACUAAUGUCCCGCUAAACUUGCCAGCAGCCACAUUAAAAAGACCUGUUGGGUCCACAUCCAUGUCUGCCCCAUUGCCCCCAAAUCAGAUUACAGUGUUUGUCACAUCCAACCCUAUGACUACCUCUGCCAAUGUUUCUGCCCCCAUGAGUUCUCAUCUUCCUCCAGCAUUGGUGUCUACUGUGGUUACAAUGCCCAAUGUGGGCAGUAAGGUCAUUGUAUCUGAAGGGCAACAGACAGUCCAGACCAGUGCACGUCCUCAGUUUAUCACACCAGUGUUUAUUAACUCUUCUUCCCUCAUCCAAGUCAUGAAAGGAUCUCAACAAAGCAACUUACCUGCUUCAACAAUGGCACCUAAUGCUAGUCUGAUGCCCCAGUCUGUUGCAGUUGUUGGUCCUUUGCAUAUUUCCCCAAAUAUUCAGUUUUCUUCUGGACCACCUUCUUCAACAGCUUCUUCCAGUGCUGUUUCCACCUUGCCUCCAACCCGCCCAGUUGUAAUAAACACUAUGCAGACUACCAAUCAAUUUGCUCAGUCCUCCUCUCCAUCAGCACUUCCUCAAACUCCCUCAAAUACACAGUCCAAAGACACCACUUCUGAAGACACUAGUUAUUUGCCAGGUACAAUGCCUGACCAACACACUGCAUUAUCUUUGCAACCAAUUGGUUCUCCAUCCUUUGACAGUAGCCCAGAUCCCUCCACUGGUAAUAAAAGAAGCUCUGCUGUAUCCUCUAAGGUUCAGUGCAAGGUGGACAAGAUUGGACAGCUCCUUCUGACCAAAGCUAAGAAGGUGACAAGCCCUCCAGAUAAAUCUGUGGAAGAACAGCUCUCUACAGAGAUUGAAAGCUCUAAUACUACAGAAGCAGUGGAUUCCAACCGUAUUGACAGAACAUCACCACUCAACCAAAUCAUAACUGAGGCCAGCAGCUCAGUCAUAAUCUCCUCAUCUAAUUUGUUGUGUCCAACAAUAAGCACCACUGUAAAUGUGCUACCUACUGUAAGCUACAGUCAGUCAACGACUACAGGGGGGCAAGGCAUUCAGAGUGGCACCAUAUCAGAGCAAACUGGCAUGUCCUUGGAAGAGAGUUUUAAAGAACACUCACCACCAACAGUUUCUUCUCAAAGUACCAGUCAGGAGGAAGGUUCAGUGAGCGAGGAAGUUGUACCAGAAACUACAGAGUCAGACCCACCGGAGAACACAGAAAUUGAGACAACGGAAAGAUCAAGGCCUCCAAGCCGAAGAAAUUCCAAAGCCGAGGACUCUAUUGCAUCCCAGGAAGUAGGGGACAGUGGACAGCGCAAACGCUCAGCCCGUCCCAGUUCAGCAUCCAGCUCAGCAUGCAGUUCCAUGAAAGAUGAAAGUUCUAUGGCUGCAGGACAGGAUAUAAGGAGAUAUUGAGAAAAAAGAUAUAUACAUGAAGAUGAAUCUGGUGCCACCCCAACUCAACCAAAGCGAAGGAAAUCCAAGUAGAUUUUGUUUUGAGCUACUUUGCUGACAGAUCUGUAUAUGUGUGUGCUCUGUGAUAUCUUUAUUUUUUUUUAUCUCUGGGAGGUGAAAAAUCUUGUACAGUUUUAACAGUUCUUAAAAAUUUGUGUUAAUAUAGAGAUUUUUUUUUUUUUUUCUAAAAAAAACAAACACUUUUUUGCACCAAAAUCCUGUUUUAUUCGAGUGAAGAUAAUGUAUGAAAAUGUGAAUUUAGCAUAUUUUUAGGCGCAGUAGACCACAGAAACUUGAAUGUUAACAGCGUCAUUGAAAAAUGCUUUUGUAUAUCUUUCCUAACAAAUGUGUUUAAAAUCCUUUGUAAAAUAAUAUUGUAAACAUAGUGUAUCCCCAUGUCUACAAGCAAAUCAAUUGGUAAUAAUACUCCACUUGUUUUGUGUUGUUAAAAGUACUGUAUUUAUAUAGCAGAAGAAGUUGUAAAAAGCAGCAUCUAGUAGACUUUAAACGUUGUAUAUAAUUUUGACAAAUGUAGGGUUACUAUGUUGUAGAAUUGGACCAGUGGACACAAUAAUUGUAACAAAAAAUAUAGAUGUUUAAAUAAAUGUUUUUUUCUAUUUCA